AGACUGAAUAACAAACAGGAAAUGCCUGACUCGGCUGCGGGCGGUGCAGAGCGCUGAGCUCCACUCGACGCGCAGCACUGCCGGGCGCGCCGGCGGCAGCACCGCUCCCGCGGCAGCACCGCUCCCGCCGUCACGGCCCUCGGCCCUGGGCUCGCAGCAGCCCAGGAAUGGCUGCCUCCUACUGGAUGCUGACAGCUCUCCUUCACCUCGUUGGCUCUUCCAAUGUGGAUGUGAAAAAUGCAAUGACAUUCAGUGGGCCUGUGGAGGACAUGUUUGGUUACACAGUCCAGCAGUAUGAAAAUGAAGAAGGGAAAUGGGUACUCAUUGGCUCACCGUUAGUUGGCCAGCCUGAGAGAAGGACAGGAGAUGUAUACAAGUGCCCCAUAGGAAGGGACAGCCACUCGCCCUGCACAAAACUGAACCUACCAGCUGCUACUUCAGUUCCUAACGUUGUGGAAGUAAAAGAAAACAUGACUCUUGGAACCACCUUAGUGGCUAACCCAAAAGGAGGCUUUCUGGCAUGUGGACCACUUUAUGCUUACAAGUGUGGACGUCUGCACUACACGACAGGAGUUUGCUCUAAUGUCAGCUCCACGUUUGAAACGGUCCAGGCGAUUGCUCCCUCAGUGCAAGCGUGUAAAACCCAGCUGGACAUUGUCAUCGUCCUCGAUGGCUCCAACAGCAUCUAUCCGUGGGAGAGUGUCACAGCCUUCCUAAACAGCCUCCUGAACAACAUGGAUAUAGGUCCUCAGCAAACACAGGUUGGAGUUGUGCAGUAUGGACAGACUGUAGUCCAUGAGUUUUACCUCAAUACAUACUCCACCACAGAAGAAGUGAUGGCUGCAGCCACAAGAAUACGCCAGCGAGGCGGCACACAGACCAUGACAGCGCUGGGCAUAGACACAGCAAGGGAAGAGGCUUUUACCGAGGCUCAUGGUGCCAGAAGAGGAGUGCAGAAGGUAAUGGUUAUUGUGACUGAUGGGGAAUCACAUGACAACUACAGAUUAAAAGAAGUGAUUGAUGAUUGUGAAGAUGAAGGCAUUCAGAGGUUUGCCAUCGCUAUUCUGGGCAGCUACAGCAGAGGAAAUCUAAGCACUGAGAAAUUUGUAGAGGAAAUCAAAUCAAUUGCCAGCAAACCCACUGAAAAGCACUUCUUCAAUGUGUCAGAUGAGUUAGCUCUUGUCACUAUUGUUGAAGCACUUGGAGAGAGAAUAUUUGCCCUGGAAGCCACGACAGACCAGCAGGCUGCCUCCUUUGAGAUGGAAAUGUCGCAGGCUGGAUUCAGCGCUCACUAUUCUCAGGACUGGAUGAUGCUUGGAGCAGUCGGAGCCUAUGACUGGAAUGGCACAGUGCUGAUGGUGAAGGACAGCGGGAUCGUAAUGCCGACCAACGAAACCUUCCGUGACAGGCUUCCAGAGAGAAACGAGCCCCUUGCAGCCUACCUGGGAUACACUGUGAACUCAGCAUCGACGCCUGCAGGAGUGCUCUACAUAGCAGGACAGCCACGAUACAACCACACUGGCCAGGUCAUCAUUUAUAAAAUGGAAGGAAGAGAUGUACAGGUGCUUCAGAGACUAAAUGGAGAACAAAUUGGGUCAUACUUUGGGGGUGUUAUUACCACGAUUGACAUCGACAGGGACUCCUUUACCGACCUUCUUCUUGUUGGAGCUCCUAUGUACAUGGGAAAUGAGAAGGAGGAGCAAGGCAAAGUGUAUGUCUACAGUCUGAACAAGACAACCUUCGAGUACCAGAUGAGCCUUGAGCCUGUGAAGCAAACAUGCUGCUCCCCACUGAAGCAGGACACCUGCAAGGUGCUCAAGAACGAGCCCUGUGGCGCACGCUUUGGGACUGCGAUCGCCGCGGUGAAGGACCUGAACCUCGAUGGAUAUAAUGACAUUGUGAUAGGGUCUCCCUUAGAAGAUGACCAUCGGGGAGCUGUCUAUAUCUAUCAUGGCCAUGGCAACAAAAUCAGUAAAAAGUAUUCUCAGCGCAUUGCAUCAGGAGGAGACGGGGAAAAGGUGAAAUUCUUCGGCCAGUCAGUGCACGGGGAGAUGGAUUUGAACGACGAUGGACUGAUCGAUGUCACCAUCGGAGGCCUUGGUGGGGCUGCCCUCUUCUGGUCUCGUGAUGUGGCUGAAGUAAAUGUCUCCAUGCAAUUUACACCCAAAAGCAUCAACAUCCAACAACAAAAUUGUCAGAUAAAUAGGAGGAAAACAAUAUGUAUAAAUGCCACCAUUUGUUUUAAGACCAGACUGAAGUCAAAAGAAGAUGUGUUUGAAUCCAGCUUGCAGUAUUGGAUUACUCUGGACUCACAAAGACAAAUAUCUCGAAGCUUGUUCACAGAAAGCCACGAGAGGAAAAUGCAGAAGAAUAUCACUGUCAAAGGGUCAGAAUGUAUUAAACAUAACUUCUACAUGUUGGACAAGCCUGAUUUUCAGGACUCUGUGAAGGUUUUGCUGGAGUUCAAUUUUUCUGAUCCAGAGAGUGGACCUGUUCUUGAUACCGCUCUGCCAAAUUCAGUGUCUGAAUAUAUUCCUUUCACCAAAGAUUGUGGAGCCAAAAAUAAAUGCAUUUCGGAUCUUGUCCUGCACGCAAAAGCAAGCAUAGCUGGAGACAGCUCUUCCCCGUUCAUCGUGAAGUCGCGUAACGAUAAGUUCACCAUUCAGCUCUCUGUGAAGAACAGGAAGGACAGUGCCUACAAUACCAGAGUUUUGGUUCAGUACUCUCCAAAUAUCAUUUUUGCUGGCAUUGAGGAUAUACAGAAGGAUAGCUGUGAAUCCAACCACAACAUCACCUGUAAAGUGGGAUAUCCAUUCCUCAAAACUGCAGAAGAGAUUUCCUUCAGAAUAUCAUUCCAGUUCAACGCAUCAUACCUCCUGGAGAACGUCACUGUUCAUGUGUACGCAACGAGUGACAGUGAAGAACCACCUGAGACCUUGAGUGACAACAGAGGACGCAUUACAAUUCCAGUGAAAUAUGAAACAGGAUUGAUAUUUGUAAGUGUUUUCAAGGAACACCACAUCAUAAUUGCAGCCAAUGAUACUGUUCCUACCGCUAUUAACACGACAGAGCAAAUCGGAGAUGAAGUUACUCUGCAUUACAGGAUUGAAAAAGGUGAACACUUCCCAAUGCCGAACCUCACUCUGCAGAUCUUGUUUCCCAAUGUCACAGCAGCCAAGAACACUCUUCUCUACCUUACUGCACUGUCACAUUCCCAAAAUGCCAUCUGCCAAAGCAGCUACCCUGUGGACCCUCUAAUGAUCAGCAAAGGGAAGCCAUUUGUGUUGUCAAAAAUAAAAGAACCUACGAAGGACACGAUUAUGGACUGCGACACCUACAGCUGUGCAGCCAUCAACUGCGUCUUGGUCCCGGCCGACACCUACCAAGUGAACGUUUCACUGAGGAUAUGGAAGCCUACCAUCAUAAAGGCAAGCAUUCACAGCCUGACGCUGGUCGCCAAAGCGUUGCUUCGGAGCGAGAACUCGUCACUGAUUCUGAGAAAAGACCAUCAGAAAUUGGAGACCAUGAUUAAGAUUUCCAAGGAACUGCCACCAGGGACCGUGCCCUUAUGGGUCAUCCUCCUGAGCAUCUUCGCUGGACUCCUGAUCCUUGCGCUGCUUAUAUUUGCUCUGUGGAAGGCCGGAUUUUUCAAGAGACCUCUAAAGAAGAAAAUGAAGAAAUGAAGAGAGAAAGGAAGAAACAAACCAAAGAAGCAAAGAAAAUUUACAAAGUAGAGGGGAAAAAAAAAAAGUAGAAAAAAAAAAAAGUAGGAAAAAAAAAAACAAAAGGAGGGGAAAAAAAAGAGAAAAAAAAAAAGAGAAAAAGGAGGCAAAAAAAAGGAGAAACAAAAAAAAAAGCACCAACAUUUUUGCUCAGGUCUGCCUAAAAAUCUGUUACUGUAAAAGUACAAAUUUAGAAGCCAUAGUCACAAUGUUUUUCUAAACUUUAGUGGACUGAAUGGAACAAAAAGGCAAAGCAAGAAGCAGCAAACCAAGCACACAUGCAAGAGAAUGAUGCAAAGGAAGAAUGAACCUUGCAGCACCUGGAGAUACUCAAGGACACACUUCCCAGCGCUACUCAUUUGGUUUCUUUUUGCAGAGUAACCGAGUUUAAAAGCUCUAACAGUGUUUAAUGACCCUGGUUUUGUACACCUAGGUAGGCAGAAUCCUUUUUCACUCCAAAGUGGGCCACAAGCCAGCUUCUCUGUAGCAAUCCCAAUGUUUUUGAUCCACCUGGCAAGUUUCAAAACGUCCUUCUCAUGGCAGCUCUGCGGAAGGCAGAGUGUUAGCUCACGAUGCACUGGGAAUACACCAGGUAGGAUGUGAUAGCUGAUGUCAGGAGAAUUCAGAAGACAGACCCCUAGAAUUAGGAGUCAAAAUUACUGUAAUGCCUUGGACUUCUCUUUUUGCUUGUUUUAAGGUGCCCAGAUCACAGGCUCACAGGAUGUUAGGGGUUGGAAGGGAUCCAAGGAGGUCAUCGAGUCCACCCCCCCUGCCAGAGCAGGACAAUCCUAUCUAACACAGAGCACAGAAGAACACAUC